GGGCUGUACUGGGCUUGCUGUACUACAAUAGUAAAUCGUGGGAUAGUAUUACUAGCAUUAGUUCGGACAGUCCCUGGCUGCAUGCCGCGCGUGGACGCUAAUAACAGCAUCGCAAUAAACGUGGCCACCGCGAUUUCAUCAUGAGCAUUUGCUACAUAUCACAGCCCCUCCUUUAUAAUAGGAUACGCGCGCAUCUUAGUAUGCACAUUCGCACCUCUGUUAAUUCAUGGCUGAUUUCCAUUCCACUGAGGUACGCUUUCAAAACUUGAGAAUCUUUGUCGUAUGACUCACUCAUACCGACCUUUCCAGCAUGCCUGGCUUGACAAAAAAACAUCUGCCAAAGAACAACCUCUCCCCGAAGCCCUUCGUUCCACGUCCCUUUUAAUGAGGGUACUCUGUUUUUUGGCACUUGGACGCCCCAAUCUUGAUGAUCAUUGGAAGUCGCUGCAGUCGGAACAAGCCUUCGAAACUGUUCGAACUAGAUUGUGCGAUAUCCUGGGCAGCACUAUCACUGCGGCGAGUAUCCUCGCUAUCAGUAGUGUUUUCGUCAGUACGGCCUCUCCUGUGUCAUACUUCGGCUAUACAUCAUCCAUUCCCUAUUACCCAAUCUUUAUCUCACUCAUGUUUGCCAUAUUCGCCAUGUUGACAUCUGGCUCAAGCAUGAUACGUUGGCUACACACCGAUCGGCACUGGACUCAAGAACAACUCAAACAAGGCGGCUACUUUGUCUGGUCCUACCUGUUGUCAAUGGUCACGCCUAUGUUCUUCGUUGUUUGGUCCCUGAAUUGUUUCGUUUUUGCGAUGUUGAUAGCAGGCUUUUCAUCUCAAAGUGUGAUAUGUCGCGCCCUCACUGCGCUUGGGCUGGUGACAUACAUCGUCAACGUUGGGAAAAUAUUGAUAGAAGCUAUGCGGAAGUAUGCGACAA